UGCGCUCCAUAUAUUUGCACACUCAUAUGCGCACACUCCACACCUCCCUUGCCUGGAUGUUGUUGAUGGUAUUUAGAGCAGCCUACUAUCGAUGCGCAUCCUUCCUCCUCUGUGUUGCUCUCCUUAAGAAGCUUUGACAGAGCAGAUGAGCAAGGAUCUAUCUCUUUUAUCUCACAGGGAAUACAUCUCCACUGCUAACCAACCCAGGAAAACCAAGCUCUUAUCACGUUCUUUCGAUGACAAAGCACGCAUAGGCUAAAGAAAGAAAGACCUGGAAAAAGAACGGACUCAAUUUUUACAGAGCUAAUUUCAGGUGGUGCUGGUGUGAAUUCCCUGUGAAGGGCAGGAGCUGCCAUGCCAUUUGGCUGUUUGACGCUCGGGGAGAAGAAGGAUUACAACAAUCCCUCAGAGGUGACUGAUAAAUAUGACCUUGGACAAAUUGUCAAAUCGGAGGAGUUCUGUGAGAUCUUCAGAGCGAAGGAUAAGAACACACUCAAAAUGUUCACCUGUAAAAAGUUUUUGAAAAAGGACGGGAGGAAAGUGAGGAAAGCUGCCAAGAAUGAAAUUGUGAUCUUGAAUAUGGUAAAACAUCAUAACAUCCUCCAGCUGGUUGAUGUCUUUGAAACUAGAAAGGAGUACUUCCUCUUCCUGGAGCUAGCUACAGGCAGAGAGGUCUUUGACUGGAUCUUAGACCAAGGCUACUACUCAGAGAAGGACACCAGCAACGUUGUCAGACAGGUGUUGGAAGCCGUGGCCUAUUUGCACUCCCAGAGAAUUGUCCACAGGAACCUCAAGCUGGAGAACCUGGUGUACUUCAACCGCCUGAAGCACUCCAAAAUAGUGAUCAGUGACUUCCACCUGGCCAAGCUGGAGAACGGACUCAUCAAGGACCCCUGUGGAACCCCAGAGUACCUUGCUCCUGAGGUGGUGGGACGUCAGAGGUACGGAAGGCCAGUGGAUUGCUGGGCCAUCGGGGUCAUCAUGUAUAUUCUCCUGUCAGGAAACCCCCCUUUCUACGACGAAACGGAAGAUGAAGACUAUGAUAAUCACGACAAAAACCUUUUCCGCAAGAUUCUGUCGGGAGACUAUGAGUUUGACUCACCGUACUGGGAUGACAUAUCUGACUCCGCGAAAAGCCUGGUGUCAUGUCUGAUGGAAGUGGAGCAGGAUCAAAGACUGACUGCACAGGAGGCCAUCAACCAUGAAUGGAUUUCUGGGAAUGCAGCCUCCAACAAGAACAUCAGGGAUGGAGUGUGUGGGCAAAUUGAAAAGAACUUUGCCAAAGCCAAGUGGAAGAAAGCUGUAAGGGUCACAACCCUGAUGAAGAGGCUUCGAGCUCCAGAACAGAGUGACUCCGGUGCCUCCAGCCCAGUUCCAGGGGCCACCGCUGGCCCUGUCACCCCGAGCAACACUCCAGUACCCCCAGCUGAUGGUUCUGAGGGCACCCCUGCCAGCACAGAGGCCUCACUCACCCUCCAGGUUCCCUAUUCACAGAAUGCACCCACCAUCAUCACUCCUGGUUCCCCCUCCCAGCUCCAGCCCAGCCCAGCUCCUGAGGAGCCAGAGGCCGAGCCCCUGGAACGGUGUAACGGGGACUCAGCAGCACCACUCCAAACACCCCCACAAACACAGGAGGAUCAGAAUGGCUAGACAAAGCGGGACCAGUGUCCCCCACCACACACACCCUGUAAAUAAGACGCCGGCAUGAUUAUCCAGAAUCUGCUUAACGUCCCGCCCCAUUCACCCUCUUGCAGCAUUAGUGCAGCAGCAUCUCACACAGUCUGUUCUAUCUAUCUGCACCCUGUGAUUGGUUGAGUGGUCUGUCUAUCUUUUCCUCUUACUCUUUUCCCCUCUAGUUUUGUUGAUACUCAUCCUUUUGGGGAAAAAAAGAGUGUGAAGAAUAUACAUACCUCUAACAUUUGUUUUGAGCAGGUCUAGCAAAUUUCUGUCUCACACUUUCUCUUCUCUUCACUUAAUUACGUUUUAUUUGAUCGAAUUCUCAAUUCUAUCAAUGUAUCGUUUUGAAUCUGAAUCACACCUUUAGUGAAAUUCCUAGACACCUACAUGUUUGUGAUGGCCAGCCUCUUUGGUUCCUUAAAGGUCAACUUAGAGAGCAAUCUCAAAAUCUGUUUUCUGUUGUAACGUACCCAAUGUGACUUAGAAAUGGUCUGAUAACUGCUUAUAUUCUCUCUGUAUACUCCCUUUUCUUUGGAAAGAAGACAGAAACCUGGUGAGAAAAUGUGUAUGCUUGAUUAUUGAUCCCAAUAAAAUAGUGUAUCGGGCUUUAUGAACAUUUUGCAAAUAGUAGCUCAUGUUGUGUUUACGUUUAAGAUCACGUCAAGCCUGUUAAAGUGUGUUAUUUAUGUCUUAAGCAUCUUUUAGCUGAGCUGAAGUGCUGCCGAAGUAUUAUAUAUAUAUAUAUAUAUAUAUCUAUGAACUGAGCAAUAUUCAUAUUGCUGUAUAAAACUGUGACACUUUUCAGAAUCUGAUUUAAUUGUGACUGAUCAGUAUGAUUUAUUUUUCAUAUGCCAUGACCAGCCGGUUCCACUUGAUUGCUUUUCAAAUGACACAUUCCUCGUUGAUUAAAAAAAAACGUGUCCCUAUGUAGGUGUGGGACAGUAGAACAUAUUUUAAAACAGAUCGUAACUUUUUCACAUGAUUGUUUUUUUUUUGCCAUUUCAUUUUGCCCAUGAAUACCUGUAAAACAUUUUCUUAAUUCAAUUUGACUGAUUCAUAUCAUGGGUGCCACCACAAAACAAAGAGUAACAAAUCAAAGCAAUGAUUUAAUCUAUCCUCACACGUUUAAAAAGUAUUCUAUAAGGUUAAUGUAUGGUGAAUUAUUUAACAAUAUGCUUGUAUUAUGCAUUUAUUUAGCGAAUGUACUUUUUCUUGUAUUUUGAGUCAUGUCCCAUUUGUAGUCUGUAUUUCUUGACUGUAAAUCUAAAAUAAAAAGUAUUGUGAUUCA